GGGCUAGUGUCCUUGUUGGGUGGGCAAUACUGCUUCUGCUGCUUGUGCUUGCAUUUUUGACGUGAACCUGCUGGUGAGACCGAGUCGACUCGAAGUUGCCUGUCUACGAAAUCUGUGUUGUUCUAACCGCUCGAACCACUCCGGCAUGUAGUCUGUUUUUCACCGAAUUGCUCGUGGCAAUGUCCCGUCAGCCGUUCUCCCUCUCCGACCGUCGUGACCGUAUCUCGUUGUGACCCCUUUGCCGUGUGAUGUGUGGAUGGACGGUGUUUUCGUCGAGGUUACGCGUCUCCCUAAGCCUAGCCCAUGUUCCGAGCCAUCUCUACAGCCUCAUGAGCGUUGAUUCGUGCUCGGGAAAGCUCUAGGGGAUCGCCGACUGAAAGACGAAGCUCGAGAGCAUCGGCCGCGCAGCCGCCGACCCAUGGUAGGAGAGACCGCUUACUCCAAAGUUUCUACCGCACUGCCGUCCGGCGUACCUGCCUUCGUGGACGGCCGCCGCAAAGGUAACAUGCCGCAAGUCGUCAAGAAAUGGCAAGUCUUCCCAGGAAGAAACAAGUUUUACUGCGAUGGCAGGCUCAUGAUGGCGAGACAGACGGGUGUGUUCUACGUCACCGUCGUGCUGAUCGUCGGAACGUGCACUCUAUUUUUUGUGUGCGAUUGCCCUUACCUGACUCGGGAGAUCAGCCCAGCCAUCCCAGCAGUGGCAGCAGCCUUGUUCCUGUUUGUGAUGUCUGCGCUAUUUAGGACUAGUUUCAGUGACCCUGGAGUCAUUCCUAGGGCCAGUCCUGAAGAAGCAGCAGACAUAGAAAAACAAAUAGAGGUGCCAAAUGGGUCAAGUUCCCCGACGUUCCGGCCGCCUCCCCGUACCAAAGAAGUGGUUGUGAGCGGCCAGACAGUGAAGCUAAAAUAUUGCUUUACGUGCAAGAUAUUCCGGCCUCCGAGGGCUUCUCAUUGCAGUCUAUGUGACAAUUGUGUUGAGAGGUUUGACCACCACUGCCCUUGGGUGGGCAAUUGUGUAGGAAAAAGAAACUAUCGGUACUUUUAUGUAUUCAUCAUUUCACUCGCUUUCCUGUGUGUCUUCGUAUUUUCCUGCGUCAUCACGCACAUUGUUUAUGUUGCCCGUGAACAUGAGUCAUACCUAGAGGCUGUGAAGGAAUCCCCUGCAAGUGUGGUUGAAGGAGUGGUAUGCUUCUUCUCUGUAUGGUCCAUCAUGGGCCUUGCGGGUUUCCACACCUACCUCACUACGUCCAACCAGACUACCAACGAAGAUAUCAAAGGCUCCUUCUCAUCAAGAAGAGGGCAAGAUGUGUACAAUCCAUACAGCAAGGGCUCCUUCAUCAGUAACUGUGUAUCAGUGCUAUGCAGCCCUGCACCUCCAAGCCUGAUUGAUCGGCGAGGUGUCGUGAUUGCGGAUAGCGGGCCGGUGUUGAGGGAGAGCUACGGCACUGUUAAAGCGUUUCAUCUAUCAAGGAAUGGUCUUCAGCUCAACGCGAGCACUGCCGGCGGGGCUGUUGGCCUGACUCCUGUAAUUGACAUGAAGACCAGCCAUGUGCCAUACACUGGGCCCCCACUGCACACGGGGCGAGCCACACUGCCCCAAGCAGCCAAUGGCUCUUACCCGCGGGACGUGCUCUAUCAAAACUCUGGCAGCCACGGGAGGGGCCACAUACCCGUGGCCGUAGUGCCGCCGCAGUCACGCCACCCAUCCGAGCCAAGUUCGAUCACCAAGGGUCUACUCCCAGACAGCAUUGACCACGAGUUUGGGGUAGACGCUGGUAGUCAGCUCUCGCUCCUCAAGCAAAGUUCGGUGUGACCACGCCAGGCAUGCGCAUGUAGUCUCACAGAAGACAGGAGAGGCCUCGCCAGAGAGUCCCGCCUCUUGCCAGCUCCUCGGGCCACCGCACAGUUGUCUGUUAUUGCCUCCCACGUGGCCAACGAGGGUGUCGCAGUGAAACAGCACAAACAGCUUGUUGACUUGAGAUUAUCUGCCCCUAAGCCAAACCAAGAACUGCAAUGUAACAUGGCAUGCAAAGUUUGGGGCCAGCCCAUAAGGCCAGAACGAAAAAACAACUGCUCACAAUUUUUUCUCAUCGCCAUCUGCAGGACUUGUUGAUCGCUGCAUCCCAAUCAUUUUUUUACGGCGUAAUUGACUUAAAACAUUUUUACGUUGGCUGAAGAUGGCUAUGGAAUGCAUUGGCAGGACAACUUCGAAGAUACUGUUUACAUCUGUUGUGCGCACAUUUUAUGCCAGUUAUCUUAGGUCCGCCUCUGCCUUGCAUUGUGGGUGCUCGUGCAAUGACUGGGCAAGGUAUCUGGUUUGUUAGUAAUGGAAAUGCCUUUACUAUCUCUUGAUGUGAACAGAGCUUGCUAUGCGUAGUUUCUCAUGAGUUGGACAUCUGAUGCAGUUUGCCUCUUAAUUGGCAUGAGGAGAGCUCUGAUUUAUUAGCAUGCUAUUUUUAUUAUUAAUAUUAUUAUUAUUAUUACACAAUUAGUGCAAUCACUUGCCUGGUUUACAACUCUCUUAUGUGCACCUCAGCGGUGCGUUGUGUCCCAUCCUUCCCUUACGUUCUUGAUUAAGCAAUGCGUGUCGUAUUUUAGCAGGGUUUCGAUUCUCACGUUAAUCUUUGUGAAAUGUGUUUCCCAUUUGCUUUGCUUCUUGGAUCCAGAUAAUGGUUGUAGCAAUCAUUUUAAUGCCAUAUGGUGCUUUCCGCAUUGGGUGGCUUCGUUAGCUGCUCCAUGGAAAAAAAGAUUAUCUCUCAGGCUAAGCAAUACCUGCGGGUCUUGGUUGGAAGGUGUGGGAGUAUAUCCUUUGCAAUUCGCAGGCUUCAGCGUUGCAGAGUUGCAAUUGGACACACGCUGUUGGACAACCCCUAGUCACACUUUUUUUUAGCUCACUGCCAUCUAGGCAAUCGCACAACGGUCACACCUAAGGCUGCCACAAGUCUUUGAAUGUGAGCCCGCCAAUUGUACCUUUAGCAAGUGCAGUCGUUAGAGCAGAGCUUUUAUUUCGUUCAGGUAUUGAGUGUGCCCUCUCUGUGUGGGUGUUGGUUUUAUAUAGCAGACUAUAUUUGGUGUGUAGUGAGUUAUAUCCCAUAUGCCCACUCUCAUUUUGUUUUUAUUCCCGUAUUUAUGAGAAAACAAUUACUUAUAGCGUUGAACAAAGACAAAAAAAAAAAAAGCCGUUCUCACCCAAUGACGCACACAUGCCCCCCAUUUUUCAGCUCCCUUGUCCGUCAAGUCGUGCCACCUUUUUUUAAAUUUUUUUACUGCUGUUUUUGUUUGUUCUGUGUACAGCUGAAUAUGUAAUGAAUUUAUUGCUGUUUCUGGUUGGCAGUACGGUUGCUGAAGUACAUGUUGUGAUGGCCACCACUGUAGGUAAUGCGCCCAGAAUGUCGGGGGGGGGGGGGGGGGGAUUGCUCCACAAAGGAGCUGCAGGUUGCCCAUCAUGUUUAAUUGGUGCUCAGUGUGCUUUGCAGUGUGGUGAAUGAAGGCCUAUCUGCUAUUUGCUUAUUGACAUCUUAUCGUGACUCAUCUGUCAGGUUUUUCGCAUUGUUUGCCUUGUGCUGAGUCACUGGAAAACUGCAGACGUGUGUUAAAGCAGAGAAGUGUUUUCUCCUGGUGCAUUUAACCUGCAUCUCGUGGCGUUGAAAAAAAAAAUGUUUGACUGUUAUAACUCGUUCUUGACUGAACUUGUGAUGCAUGUUUGCUUCAGGAAGUGGCAUAUUUAUUGUGUGAAAGCCGCAUUGUUAUGGUUUCUGCUCGAAGACAUUCUGUACAAAUCAUGCAGUGGGUGAAGGAAUUUCGGUGAGGUAAAUUAAUUUUGUUCAUCAGUGCAAACCCGGACUUCGAAGUGGUUUUUAGUAUUCGUAUCGUCUUGCAGCAUUUUUUAAGAACUGUGGUUACACCUUAGAUGCUCAGUUAUGUGUGUCAUUAAAGACGACACCACACAGGGCAGCACUUGAACUGCUGGCAGUACACCACUGCAUUUAACUUAUUUCAGGGCUUUGACUGAACGUUGGUUAUCGUUUUUAUUUCAAUGAUUUGCUUCAAAGUACCGAUGUCUUGCACAAAACCGGGAUUUUGGUAUUUGACAGCGGCGUAUGCCGAUGCUUGUAUCAGUGUACAUAUGCAUUAUAUAUACACACACACACACACAUAUAUAUAUACUUGAAAUGUACAUAAAUAUGCUGUGUAGAUAUUUUUGUGGAAUGUGUACAUUGGGUUUUUAAUUGUUAUGCUUUUUGCAUAUCGAUAUUGCAAUAAAUAAUUUUAUACAAGA